AUGGUUUUAUUACAUUGUAUUCGUUGCGAAGAGUUGUCCGAAAAGUGUGUCCAAUGUUUGGACGACUCCUCAAGUGUUGAACAAAAAUUUCCUGCAUUUAGACAACGAAGACAUUUACUCACGAGUGAAGCCAAUGAAGACAACAACAAACAGUCGUUGAAUGAGUCCACAACCGCGACAACUGUUUUGCCCCAAAACAGCACUGAUAUGUCAAACACGACGGCCAUCGGUAACGGAACCCAAAGCCCGUCCACGACAUCGAUCGCACCUCAAGACCCGAUUCUUCCCCAAAAAGGCGCCGCAGAGGAGGAGAAGCACUCAUCGAUGGCUAUAUUCUUUGUGCUGACAGUCAUUGCUUCGUGUAUUGUAUUAAUUCAUUUCAUAAUCCAAACCAAAUUUCAAUACAUCCCGGAAUCGUUGGCCGUUGUAUUCCUCGGAGCAACUAUUGCUUCGUGUAUUGUAUUAAUUCAUUUCAUAAUCCAAACCAAAUUUCAAUACAUCCCGGAAUCGUUGGCCGUUGUAUUCCUCGGAGCAACUAUUGGUCUGAUUAUGAAAUUAAUAUCAAACCAACAUUUGGGAGACUGGAAGAAAGAGGAAACUCUGAACCCAACGAUGUUUUUCCUAAUCCUAUUGCCGCCCAUUAUCUACGAGUCGGGCUAUAACUUACAUAAAGGCAACUUUUUUCAAAACUUUGGCUCCAUUUUAGUCUUUGCGAUCGUCGGUACCUCUAUAUCGGCCUUCAUUAUCGGCGGCGGUGUUUACGUCUUGGGUUUGGCUGACGUCGCGUAUAAAAUGAAUUUUACCGAAAGCUUUGCUUUCGGAGCGCUUAUAUCUGCGGUUGAUCCGGUGGCCACUCUCGCCAUAUUUAACGCCUUAGAUAUCGAUCCCAUUCUAAAUAUGUUAGUCUUUGGUGAAAGUAUUCUUAACGAUGCGGUCGCUAUAGUAUUGUCGACGACUGCACUCGAACUCUCGCAAAUGUCUUCAUCCGUUUCCGGUGAAGUCGCUGUUAUUAAUGGAUUUGUUAGGUUUGGUAUUGUAUUCUUUGGUUCGGCGGGAAUCGGCGCCGCCUUUGCAUUGAUUGCAGCUCUGGUUUGUAUAGAAAUGUCUAACGAA